UGCCAACUAUUGGCGCAAAGUUGGAUUGACGCAACUUAGAAAAGUGAUUGGCAUUGCCAAGAAGGCGAAGGAGACUGCUUAUACACGGAAAGCUAAAAAUGUUAUAAUUUUCGUGGGUGAUGGCAUGGGUUUGACAACCAUUACAGCGGGUCGCAUUUUCAAAGGUCAACACUUAAAACAAGGUUAUGGUGAGGAGACAAUGUUAUCCUUUGAUGAUUUCCCCUAUACUGGAUUAGCCAAGACUUACAAUGUCGAUAAACAAGUUCCCGAUUCAGCCGGUACAGCGACCGCAAUGUUUUGUGGUGUUAAAACAGAUUACGGUGCCAUUGGUAUGGACGCUACACGCGAUCCCUUAAAUAACGCAACUGGCAAACUCACCUCAAUUCUGGAUUGGGCGCAAGCAGCUGGUAAACGUACUGGUCUAGUCACAAAUACACGCAUAACACACGCGACUCCAGCAUCAGCCUAUGCGCGCAGUUAUCAUCGCGACUGGGAGUGUGAUACAAAAGUGCCGUCACCUUCACUUGGCAAAUAUGUAGACAUAGCACGGCAAUUAGUUGAGAAUGCGCCCGGUAAUAAGUUGAAUGUUAUAUUGGGAGGUGGUCUGUCACCUAUGGGUGCUUCUAAUAAAACCGAAACUGGCAGAGUUAAGUUUGAAGGUCCUUCAGAAGAUGUGUGUCAGCGUGGCGAUAAUCGUAACUUAGCACGUGAAUGGUUGCAAAUGGAAGGCACAAAUAGAACGAGAUUCUUUGUGCAGACUAGGGAACAAUUGGAAAAACUUGAUUUAAAAAAAACUGAACAUCUAUUAGGGUUGUUUAGAAAUAAUCAUAUCACCUAUAAAAUUGCAAAAGAAGAAGAAGAACCUACGCUAAAAGAAAUGACCGAAGCUGCUCUUAAUGUUUUGGAACGAGGACAUAAAUCCAAUGGUUACUUGCUUAUUGUUGAAGGUGGACGUAUCGAUCAGGCUCAUCAUCAGAAUUAUGCGCGUGCCGCUAUGUACGAAGUAGUCGAAUUCGACGCAGCAGUUGAGGCAGCAUUAAAAUUAACCAAUGAAGAGGAAACGCUUAUAAUCGUCACUGCUGAUCACUCACAUUCUGUUACCUUAAAUGGAUAUCCAAAACGUGGUGCCGACGUUUUGGGUUUUGCAAAUAAAGCUAAAGAUCCUUUGGUAUAUGAGACAAUUUCAUAUGCCAAUGGUCCAGGUUAUUGGGAUCAUUUGGCAAACGAGACACGCAAUGUGAAUGAAAGCAACAUUUGGAUACGUUUAGAAACGUUAACACAAGCAGAACGUAUGUCACCCACUUAUAGGCACAUGGCAACAAUACCAGUUAAGGAUGAAUCGCAUGGUGGUGAAGAUGUCGUUGUUUUUGCCAAUGGGCCUGGUUCAAGUUUAGUACGCGGUGUUUUCGAACAAAACUACUUGGCUUAUAUUAUGAGUUAUGCGGGAUGUUUUGGCCCAGCGAAGGACUUUGAUCACACUUGUAUACAUAAGCAAGCAUAUAGGAGUGCUAGUAGCAGAUUACAAGGAUUUCAAUUUUCAAUUUUGCUGUUACUGUCUAUCUUUAGUUUAUUUCGUUUUUAAUUAGUUUAAGUUUUUGUGU